UGGCGGAAGCGGUUGCGGCCGUUUGAAUUCCAGCGGAGCCGCCAAAGCUCCGCACAAAGGCGCCGGAGCCGUGGCUGGCUGCGGGCGGUAUGGAUUCUCUACCAGGAGAAGACGUAACGCUGCCGGUGGGCUUCGAGGGCAGUGUCUCCGUGCUGCCAGACAUCUCCCGCGAGGGCCCGCAGCUCGAGCCGGCCGGCUGCCGAGGUUUACCAGAUGUGGCAGAAGACACAGUCUCACCAAUCAGAGCUCGGACCAUGAAGGACUAUGAAAAUCAAAUCUCUGAUCUGAAAAAAGAGAACUUCAACCUGAAGCUUCGUAUAUACUUCCAGGAAAUGCGAAUACAGCAGAAGUUUGAUGGUCCCACAGAAGACAUGUACAAAAUUAACAUCGAGCUGAAAGUUGAGAUAGAAAGUCUGAAGCGUGAUCUGCAGGAGAGAGAGAAGCUCCUCAUCAAGGCCUCAAAAGCAGUUGAAAGCCUGGCCCAGGGUGGUGAUGCUGAAAUACAGCGUGUGAAAGAGGAGGCACAAAGAAAGUUACAAGAAAUGGAAGGAAUCUUGACUGGCAGAAUAAACCUUCUGGAGGAGAAUCUUAAAGCUGCCCAAGAGGAGGUGGAGAAAGCCAUUGCAAUGGCAGAGAAGGAGAAAGCAUUGAGAAUUGUCGCUGAGCAGAAACUUUCUUCACUUGCAAACGCUCCUGCAAAGGAUCUGGAUAUGAUUGCAGGAACUGAGAAGGACAGACUUACAGAGCAACUGAAUCUGUCUUUGAAAAGUAAAGAAGCUGCAAUUCAACAUCUUGAAGAAAACUCUCAGAGUGGACCUGGUGAUGGGAGCUUAGCAGAGAAAAUUGAAGAAGUUACCAUUGCUUUGAGGCGUGAAAAAGACAGUGAGAUAGAGGCUAUUAAGAUGGAACUUAAAAAUGAGAGAAAUUCCUUUGAAAAAAAAAUCCAGUCUCUCGAAGAAGAGUUGCAAGAGAGGGAAAAUGAGCUUGCUGUUGAAAAGAAGAAUGGCUUGAAAAGGGAUAAAACCAUUCAAGGGCUAACUGUUGCACUAAAAGCAAAGGAAAAAGAGAAUGAAGAACUUGCUUCUGAAAUUGAAGCUCUCAAUACUUCGUUGGCUAAGGCAAGAGAGGCAACUCAUCAAGCACACAUCCAAAAAUUCAAGGGUGCUGAGGAUUAUCAAGCUCUCCUGAUGGAAAAAGAGACCCUCUUAGCAGAGCUGCGUUCAGAAAACCUCACAAAAGAUGCUGAGAAUCGUAAACUGCAACGGAGGAUUAAAAGGACUGAUCAAGAGCUAAAUGAUCUGAAUUUAGAAAGAGAGAAAAUGGAGAAGGAGCUGGAUGAAGCACAGAUGCAGAAGAACAGAAGUGACAAAACCAUUAAUGAUCUCAGGAAUCAAGUAGAGAAAUUACACGGUGAAAUGGCUGAGAAAGAAAAAGCUGUUGAACAUCAUUACAAUAUUCUUUUGAGCGAAAGCAAUCAGAAGUUGCAGAGCCAAGAGCUACUUAUCAAGCAACUAACAGACAACGUCAGUCAAAAGGAUCUUUGGCUUCAGAAAUCUGAUGAAACAAUUAAAGAAAAGGAAGCAGAAUUGCAAGAGCUGCUGAAUAAGUACAAGAACCUUCUAAGAGACAAUCAAGAACUUGAGCUGAAAAAUGAGGGCUUGGUAAAGGAAAAAUAUGCUGCACAGUCUGAACAGUCAGUCAUCAGGAUAGUCAGAGAGUUAGAGGAAAAAAAAGAAUCUGAAUAUGAAAAGCUGAUCCUUGCUUUAAAAAAGGAACAAAACAUUUAUUCUACACUGGUGCAGACCUUUAAGGAAUCAGAUAGUUUAAAUAGCUUGCAGACAGAAUUAAACAAGAUCUUCAUGUUACGGAAACAACUCGAAGAUGACAUUCUAGCCACUCGGAAUCUCCAGAAGGUCUUAGAAGAUCAGGUUAAGAAUGCUAAAAACAGGCAAGAUGAAACGCUAUCUUUCUGUGGAGAUCAAACAUCUUAUAUGAGUAUUUGCUUAGGAGAGCAAGAUAAUUUAAACCUACAGAUAGACCAUCUGUCUCUUGAAGAACUUAAGAAAAAGGUUACUGAUCUUCUCUUGGUGGUUAAAGACCUGCAGUUAAUUAAUCAAGAACUUAAGAUGAAACAGCUUGGAUUCUUCAGAACAGAUUCUCAAGGGAAGGAAGCAGUGAAGAUAUUAAACCAGAAUGAGUUUCUUGAAAUAACAGAAGAGCAGGUGAAGCAGACUGAAGAUGGUGACAAUGACAGGAAGAUGCAGAGCAGUCAGUUUUAUGAGAGGGACAGUCAGAUAUGCCUUCAUGAACCCAUGGAUUGUCCUUCUGAGGUGAAUAAGCAGAUAACUCCAUCAGGCUAUUCAGAGAGUUUCUGCAAAGAUGGACAUUAUAGGAAUCCAAAUAAGCCUCAGCUUGAACAUGAUACAACUGGCAAACACUUUGGCAGAAUAGGGAUGAGUGAACAUGAAACAGAAGAGAUGAACUUGCUCACAUCUUUUUUAAGAGAAAAUAGAACAUCUGUACUUGAAUCUACCAGACAAGAACAAAUGAAAACUGUAAAUGAACUGUUAGAUCAUCUGAGCACAACUGAGCGAGAACAUUCAAGUGAAGACACAGAGAAAGAGAAUGAAGAUCUUAGGCAAAUGAUCAUUCAACUAAGAGCUGAACUCAAACAUUUCAAGCAAGCCAAUAAAUUCUUAAAGCAGCAAGCAGAAUUAAAAUCAACUUUUGAUGGGAAAGAGAAGCUUCAUGCAGAUGCGACGCCAGAGAUUAAUAAGGAUAUUGAGUUGCUGAAAGCAGAACUGAAAGAUGCAGCUACACAAACAAUGACUUUAGAGGAAAAUGUCAUGAGACUCAAAUGUGAAGACAAUAAAGGAGCCUCGGAAGGGAGAACAAAAUAUUCAAGAUUAAAUGCAGAAGGAGAACUUCAGCAGGAGAACGUGUGUAAGAGCGAACAGCAUGAAAGAGGCUUUUUUUCAAGAACAACUGAAACUGAUGCUGCUCAUCUGCUGAGGAAGUCCCGGCUGCCCGUCCUGCUACGAUCAUCCAGACCAGUAGGAAAUUGGCCUGUGAGCUCCUCUGUGCACAGGCUGCAUUCAGCACUCUGGAAUCACACCGGAGCACCCUAUGAAGGUCUGAAGGCAUGUGAGGUUCAAACCAAGCAACUUCAACCACAAGCAAAUGGAGAGCUGCUAUUGCACGAGUCUGGAACUGCAGACCUGCAAGAAGAGCCUGCACAGGAGAGCACAUUAGUGACAGGUGACUCAUUCAGCAAAGCAGGCAGCACUGGGCCCCAGGUUGAAUCACAGGAUGCCGAUACAGGGGGCAAGAAGGAAUAUGUGAUGUACAGAAAUCAGCAGAACUGUCAAGAAAUGGAAAAUCAUCAUGACAUUAGCGAUGUGAAUAUCCAGCAUUCAUUAAAAGAAAUAAAUGAAGAGCUUUAUUCAGUGGAACAUGAGGACACUGACUCAGCCACAGCACAUUCAGGUUCCAAGUGUCUUCGUUCUCUCAAAUCGAGUGUAACAAGCACAGAUGCACUUGAUGACUGCGAAGUCGUAGAUGAUACAGAAGAACUGAAACAAAGAAUUAAGAGUAUGCAGUCUGAACUUGAAAAGUACAAAAUGUUCGUAUUUCAUUUACAGACCUCUGACCAGCUUUUAUUGAGUGGUAUUUCCAGUGCAGUGCUGAGUGAUGCAGCUUUGCCUGGGGCAGGACGUUUUGUACAAGAUACAGCUAUGCAGGAAAUCAAACCAUUUCCUGGUUUACAUCAGCUGAAGGAUUGUGAGAUUCACACCGAAAAUAGGAAUUCACAGUCUUCAAAAGCACAAACCUUGUGGCCAGCACAAAACUUUAAGGAAAUACUCUCAGCUAAUGAGACAGACCUCAAAAAAGAGCUGGUUGCAGAUAUGCAUCCUGAUGACGUGUACAGUCUUCAAAACAAACUGAGAGACACAUCACCAUCCAAAUAUGAUUCAUUAGUUCGUUCACAAGCUCAAGAGCUUUCCAUUCAACACCACCAAAUUAAGGAGAUCCGCUGUGGCUGUGUCACUUACCAUCAGCAUCUGACGAGCCUUAUUAAGGCUUUUGAGGAACUGCUUCAAGCCAGUGAUGUGGAUUAUUACGUUGCUGAAGGCUUCCGUGAGCAGCUGAAUCAAAGUGUGCUGUUGUUUGAAAAGCUGGAAAGGAAACUCCUGUAUGGAGAGUCAGUAGGUGCAGAAGUUACCAUACUUUAUGAAUUAGCUCAAAGGGAAAAUGAGAAGAAUGCCACGAUGUAUGAGGAGCUUAAGGAUGAAUCACCUGUACCAUCUGCUCUUCAUAGCCUGUCUGAUUUUGAUUUGUCAGAGAAGUCAUCUCUCGGAUCACCAGAGCCCAGACAUGACCUAGGAGAAGGACAGCAUGCCACACUGGCACUUCUGCCAAGCAAAUUUCCCCCAGAGUUAUUAAUGGAGUAUCUGAAUGAAAUUCGAAUCCUGAGACAACGUUUAGAAUACUCCAUAAAAAACAAUGAGAGACUGAGGAAGCAGCUUGAGAGGCAAGUAAGAGACAAAGAGCUAGAUCAAGGUUCUGCAAACAAUUUUAUCCAUGGCUCAGAGCAGCAUAAUUCUCUCACUUCUGAAGUACAUUUCCUGAGAAAGCAAAAUCAAGUUCUGAAUGCAAUGCUGGCAAAAGGAUCCAGAGAUAAACAAAAGGAAAAUGAAAAGCUAAGAGAAUCUCUUUCUAAAAAGAAUGCAAUCAUUGAACGUCUUCACGAGGAUUAUGAACGCAUCAAGAAAGAAAAUGAAAGGUUGCAAAAACAAAUUGGCAAAAAGGAGGACGAGACCAGAUAUCUGACCUGUGAAAUUUACAGCAGUCGUAAUGAAUUAAACAGGUUGCAAACAGAAAUGAAUGUAAAGCAGCAUCAGCUCUCCGAGAAUGAGAAGUUACUGCAGUCGCUCCGGACUGAGAUCAAAGUUUAUGAAAAGCUGGAGGAAGCAAGGAGGAAGAGGACAGAUCCCAGAUGUGAUGCAUCAGAAGAAUUUCGAAAAGAUCAGAAUAAUCCAGUUGACUUGCAUGAACUACUGACUGAAAUACAGAGUUUGCGAGUGCAGCUUGAAAGAAGCAUAGAGACAAACAAGACUUUGCACGAAAAAUUGGAGGAGCAGCUUUCAAAAGAAAAGAAGGAGGAAAUGGGAUCAGUGUCAGCUGUGAAUAUCAAUUAUCUUUUCAAACAAUCUCAGCAUUAUGCAGGAAUGAACGAAAAUCCUUGCAAAUGCCCUGCUGCCAGCAGAAACACUUGUGAGCUGCAGAAGCACAGACACGGCUUUUCGCUGGCACAAACAGGUACACACUCUGCCUCUAAAGAUGACUUAGACUGCUGCAGUACCUCAUCUUCUGGUACACCAUGUACCCCUCGGCUCGUUCCUGGGCAUCGGAUGUGGGCAGACAAAAAUGGGCGCCACGUCCUUGGUUUGAUUGAGGAUUACAAUGCUCUCCGGAAACAGAUUUCAGAAGGGCAAGAGGUUUUGGGAGAAAUGGAGGUUACUUUAAGAGAGGUCGCCGGUACGAAGCUGCAGGAGCCUGGAAUCAAGGUACCAGACCAGGCAUCGCUGCAAAGCUUUUCUGCAAGCACCAACACAGUGCAGCAGAUUUUAGAAGAGGCUGCACGUUUAUUGAAACUUCUCUGGAGAGUUUCCCUUCCAAUGAAAGCAGCACACAGUUCUGCUCACGGCACUCAGGAUGAAGGAAUGAAAGCAGAAAUACUUCGAUUGCGGAAGAAACUGACUGAGCAAGAGAAGAAGUUACACAGCACAGUGAAACGCUUGCACUCUACAAACCAGCUGAAGGAAAACAUGGAGAAAGUCAUCAUUGACCAGUUGGUUUUAACUCAUGAUGUCCUGAAGAAGGCUAGAGGAAACCUGGAAGUAAGUGAAGUGUCUGCUGCCCUUAAUUCCUUGACAUGCUCAGUAGAAAUAGGCACUGCUAUGCCAGUAGCAUUUUGCAGAAUUAGUCCAAUUUGUUUUGGGUUUGCAAUUGGAACAACAUUAAGAUCAAGUCUGGGUGACAGCAGGUUGCCACAAUAAAUAUUCUGCACUACUUGAUGUUUGAAUUAAAGUUUCAUGACUGGCCCUGCAAACAUCUAAACCCUCUCUCUUUUCUGAUACUUUUCCCCAGAUUAAUAUUCAGAUGUCUUUUUUCUUCUCCGAUGAUUUAUUUUCAUCAGCUCACAGUCCAAUAAGCUGUCUGCUGAAGAAGUUCACAAAAGGCAUCUUUAUUUAAAGCCUGAGUGUGGGUUAACAACCGGUGCUUCUGUUUUCCUAAAAUGCAGACCUGAUAGGUGAAGCUUCUGCAAACAGCUCUUUGCUAAUGCAGAGCAUUAAAUUACUUUGAGCGUUUAAGUAUCCACUGUUUGGAUUUGAUUUCUCCCAGAAGGCUCUGACUUCACUCCCAGAAGGCUGUAAUAUACUUCUCCACUCCUAAAUCGCAUCCUUCUCCUCACACCAUUCCAUUCUCAAUGGCUGUAUGGUUCCCAGCCUGCCCUUAAAUUUCUCUCUCUUUUUGUGAAUCUUUUCUCUAUUAUCCUCAUCAUCAGCACAUUCUGAGCACCUCCUUAUGCAGCUCCUACACAGGCUCAGUCCUACCUGAGUUGGAGAUGGAAGACAUGAAGUCUUUCUGCUUACAGAAAUCUCAUCUUUCGUGGGUAGAUCAGCUGAACACAGGAUUUGCUGAUUCUUUUGUGGGAUGAGAGCUCAGGGAUAGGGACUGGAUCUGUGCAGUACAGCAGAACAGUAUUAAUUAUUGCUUUUCUAACCAGGUCCCAGCAGCUGACAAUCAAAAACCAGCUUCCUAUUCCAGCAAAAAAAGGAUUCUCUGAAGGAGAAAGGUCCACUAAUAAAGACAGACCGUUCCUCUGCAUGGUGGUUGCUUCUUUAUGCCUUACUAUUUAUUGAUGUUAAAAGAGCUGAAAGAAUAUUUUUAUGGAACCAGCUGUGGGGAGGGAGAAGAGCAAAAAAAAAUUGGUUUUUUGUAAAUAACUUAUUUAACAUUUUCUGUAAUGUAAAAGAUGUUGGUUUUUAAUAUUUAUUACAAAAACAUGGUACUGGAGUUACUGAAAAAACCCAGAUUUUUUUUAAAGCUGGCUCAUUUGAGAUUUUAUAUUGUGUUAUACAGCUGUUUGUUGUUGUAGUCAUACAGGUCCUGAAAGAAUCAAGAGCACAAUCCAUCUUCCAGCCCUUUUCUCUACUGCUGAAAUGACAGAACAGAGGUGAAAGAAGAAUGGUUUUGCCAGCUGUCGUUGCUUUAUAGUAACAUAAAUAAUGUUCAGUAUUUAAAAGCAUUUAAAUCUCAUCUGGAAGAUUCUCCUGGAAGCCACCUCCUGUGCUUCCUCACUGCCCUGUUAGGAAGUUAGAUUGAUGCUAGGUCUGAAAGUACUAUAUAGGGUCAGACCAUUCAAUUAAAUUUUAACAUAAUCACA